AUGCAUUCUCUACGACCAAAACAAGUCGACUUCGAGAAGCAAUGGGGAGUCCUUCAGCCGACAAUAAUCAACCUUAUCACAUUGGUGCCGGUAAAGAGACAAGUUUGGAACGACAGCUUUUCGGAUAUUUACGAGAUGUGUGUCGCCAUACCUUUUUCGUUCAGUCAAGAGCUCUACAAGGCACUAGAGUCAGCUCUGCAACUCCAUUUAACAAACAAGACCGAGGAACUCAAAGCUAUUGACGAUUUGCUUCUACUCAAGAACUACUACUCUACUUGGAAGAUUUAUUUGGAAGGAGCCUUUUAUCUUCAUCAGCUAUUUGGCUACCUCAACAAACAAUUCGUCAAAGAUAAACAGAAAUCUGACACACUAGCUCAGCAUCGGCCAUUCAUCCACGAUCCAAACCCAAUGUACGAAGUUGGCCAUCUUUGUCUGGAGAUAUGGAAAGAAACAUUGGUUAUGCCUAUUCGGAAACGCCUUGUCGAUUUGAUACUGCAGGCUGUUUCCGAUGACAGAAAAGAUGUCGCGAUCAACGACAAGAAAAUUAUUGCCGGUGUCAUUAGGUCAAUUUUGCAAGUUAGUAAUGGUGAUUUUGGGCUACAACCCUAUGUGAAAUAUGCGACGUAUGAGACGACAUUCUAUCAGCAAAUCUUUGAGCAACAGUUGCUAGAUUUAACAAGGAAACAUUACUCGGAUGUUGCUCAAAACUUACUAUCUGCAUUUUCACCAUCUCUUUACAUGGAAAAGAUAAUUGAGAUUUUGGCACAAGAAGAAGAACGAAGCGAGACUUAUUUCAAUCAAGUAUCUGUGAAUAAGGUGAUCGGAAUUUGUCGAGACGUUCUUAUCAAUGAACACAAAAAUUGGCUUGAAGCUGCAUGCCCAGAGAUGAUUGCAGCAGAGAAUAUAAAAGAUCUUCGCAACAUGUAUCUACUUUUGAAACCAAUUCCAUCUGGAACCCAAGUGAUGACACGAGAGUUUGAAUCGCAUGUAAAAAGCAAAGGGUUCGCCUCAAUAUCCAAUUUGAAUGGAGAUAAUAUUCCGGCAUUGUUUGUUGAAAACUCGAUUCAAGUUUACCAAAAGUACAGCAAGAUGAAAAGCCAGGUCUUUGAGGACGACGUUGAUUUCACGCAUGCUUUUGAUAAGGCCCUGCAAUCAGUUAUCAACUCGAAAGAUUCAACAAAAACUCCAAAGGCGCCUGAGAGAUUGGCUCGAUUUACUGACAGUCUGUUGAGGAAAAGCACAAAAGCGUUAAGUGAUCGCGACUUGGAAAAAAAAUUGGACGAGGCGAUCAUAAUUUUCCGUUAUUUGGAGGACAAGGAUAUGUUUCAAAAGUAUUUCUCAAAGAUGCUUGCAAAUCGUCUCAUUAUGACCACGUCCUCAUCAAUGGAUUCUGAAGAGAUGAUGAUCACAAAGCUGAAGCAAGCUUGUGGCUAUGAGUUCACAUCCAAACUUUCAAGGAUGUUCACAGAUAUUGGAUUGAGCAAAGAAUUGUCGACUAAAUACGAAGAGUACAUGAAGAAGAAUAAUCUGCCCAACCUGCCCGUCCCUAUGACCCCUUUAAUUCUCGGUGCUGCCGCUUGGCCGUUGUCGAUGCCACAAUCAACAAGCCAAGAGAAAAACACAAAUGAAACAAAGUUCAUUUUGCCUCGCGAUCUUCAACCUUGUAUCGACGGAUUCGAAAAAUUCUACGGCGAUACUCACAAUGGAAGAAAGUUGAGCUGGUUGUUCCAUUUGUCAAAUGCUGAAGUGAGACUGAGCUACUUGGACAAGCCUUAUGUGAUUAAUCUAUCGACACAUCAGCUGGCCAUACUGCUGAAUUUGCAACACAAGGACUCGAUCACUUUGGACUUGAUUGCAACCGACACUGGAUUAAAAAACGAUUUGUUGCAAAAGAAUCUCGCUACCAUCCAAGAAUCUGGGAUCAUCGACGUGGAAACGAAAGAUGAUCAACAAAUUGUGUCACUGAACAACAAGUUCACCUCUAAACGGAUGAAAAUCAAAAUCAACACGCCGCAUUUUGCCAAAACUUCCGAGAAGGCCGAAGCAGAGAGCGUUGCUCACACAGUUGCCCAAGAUCGUAAAUACUACAUGGAGUGUGCCAUUGUGCGCAUCAUGAAAACAAGGAAGAUGCUAAAGCACCACGAGCUCAUCCAAGAGGUGAUCACUCAAACACGAGGCCGCUUCCAACCAGACAUUGCGUUUAUUAAAAAGACCAUUGAAGAUUUGAUCGAAAAGCUAUACAUUCAAAGGACGGAGCAAACGGACGAAUAUCAAUACCUCGCA